UUUCCUGAAUCAUUCAUUAGACAACACUAGCAACUCCGAAAGAAAAUUUCAUCAUUCCUCACAAUUUCUCUAACAAAUAAAAAAAAUCCAAACUUUCUUCCUUCUCCUCAAUCCCCAUUACUCCUCCCUGUCUGUGCGAUUUCGAUUUCUUCCAUUUUAUACUCCACUCUGUUUCCAGGUUUUUGAGUGAAAAGUUGCUGUUUGGGAUUCGUUUUUGCUGUUAUUUUAAGGUUAAGAAGUGUUGCCUGUUCGUGGGGUUAUGGCUGAGAUUUAUGUUGAAGGGAGUGAUUUAAAAGCGAAUGAGAAUGAGGAAGAGGAUGAGGAGGAAGAUAUGGAUUUUAAUCCCUUUUUAAAGGGAACGCCUUCGCCGGAGGCGUCGUCGAGUUUGAGCUCUGAAGUUGAAGGUUUGGAGGAGGGUGUGAAGGAGGUGAGGAGUGGUGAGGUGCGAAAUUAUGAUGUUGGAGAUGUGACUCAUGAGGAGGAGGUUGUUAUGGCAAGUGGGGUUGAGGUGGGAAGUGGAAAGGAAGGGGAGAGUGGUGAGGAUAGGAGGGGUAAGAGGAGGAAAUUGGGUUUUGGGUCGAAUGUGGAAGAUGGGAAUGAGAGGGAGAAGGAGAGCGGGGUGAGUAAGGUUGUGUUGGAUGUGGAUGAUGAUGAAGAUGCUAUUUGUAAGAGGACAAGGGCUAGGUAUUCGCUUGCGAGUUUUACCCUUGAUGAGUUAGAGAUGUUUUUGCAAGAGAGUGAUGAUGAGGAUGAUCUUCCGAAUGUUGAUGAUGAGGUGGAGUAUAGGAAGUUUCUUGCGGCCGUUUUGCUUGGUGGAGAUGGGGAUGGUCAGGCUAAUGAAGAAAAUGAAAAUGUUGAUGAUGAUGAUGAGGAUAAUGAUGCGGAUUUUGAGAUUGAACUUGAGGAGUUGCUUGACAGUGAUGUUGAUAAUGGUGCAAGGGAUGAGGGUCAGAGAGUUGAGUAUGAGAGAGGUGGACGAAGGCCGGAGACUAGGCAGAAAAAACGUCAAAAGGCUUCUGCUCAAUAUAAGAAGAAGCUUUUAGAACAGUCAAAAAGGCCGUUGCGCCCUCUUUUACCAGUUUUGCCUAAUGGAUUUGCUCCUCCUUUUAGUGCUGUCAAUGAGAAAGCUUUGGCACCUAAGCCUGCUCCUAGCUAUGCGUCUUCUGCAGAAGAUGGUGGUAAAAUAAAUGGGUUUACUCCACAGCAAAUAAACCAGUUGCAUUGUUUGAUACAUGAACAUAUUCAGCUGCUUAUUCAAGUAUUCUCUCUUUGCAUUCUUGAUUCUUCCCGGCAACACCUUUCCUCCCAGGUUCAGGGAUUGAUUUUUGAGAUGCUUCACAAACGUGAUAAUGUAAUAGCCUGCAAAAGAGUUCCAUAUCCUGGUAAUUGCUUUUGUCCUCCAUAUAUGUGCUCAUCUGUGGCAGAUGAACUGCCCAAUAUUCGGCCAGGACAGUGCACCUACGAAUCACCCCCUGUUCUAAACUUGCAGAUGUCAGUCUCUCAAAAUGCCCCCGUUCCACAAAGAAGAGAUGAACAUGCAUGUAAUGAGCAAACGAGUUCUUCACAGAUUGCAGGCUCUUCUUGGAGUCCUUACAUAAAUGGUCCAAUAGUUUCAAUUCUGGAUGUAGCCCCGCUCAAUUUAGUUGGAAGAUAUAUGGAUGAUGUUUACAAUGCUGUUCGGGAGUAUAGGCAGCGUUUUCUGAAUUCCAGUUCCGAAACAUGGAAUGAAAAGGAACCGCUCUUCUACCUUCCACAUUCUCCCUUAUUAGGGGAGGCGAAUGAAGUUAUGAGAGGAAACGUUCCCCUUGCUGCCAAUAGAGUGACAUCCUCAACUGGUCAACAACCACCCAAGAAGACAUUGGCUGCUUCCAUUGUUGAAAGUACCAAGAAGCAAUCAGUUGCACUAGUCCCAAAGGAUAUUAGCAAGUUAGCUCAGCGAUUUUUCCCACUGUUCAAUCCAGUACUAUUUCCACAUAAACCACCCCCUGCGGCUGUUGCAAAUCGGGUCCUUUUUACUGAUUCAGAGGACGAAUUGUUGGCACUAGGGAUCAUGGAAUAUAAUACAGAUUGGAAGGCAAUUCAACAACGCUUUCUUCCAUGCAAAUCUAAGCAUCAGAUUUUUGUUAGGCAGAAAAAUCGUUGUUCAUCUAAGGCACCAGAAAAUCCUAUAAAGGCGGUUCGGAGAAUGAAAACCUCCCCAUUAACUACAGAAGAGACAGAACGCAUUCAGGAGGGACUCAGGGUUUACAAACUUGAUUGGUUGUCUGUAUGGAAGUUUGUUGUUCCACAUAGGGAUCCUUCUUUAUUACCUCGGCAGUUGCGGAUUGCCCUUGGAACUCAAAAGUCAUAUAAGCAAGAUGCUGCUAAAAAGGAGAAAAGGCGGAUAUCUGAAGCCAGGAAACGGUCAAGAACCACAGAAUUAUCAAAUUGGAAACCAGCUUCUGACAAGGAAGACAAUCAGGCUGACAGAACUGGUAAAGGAAAUAGUAGUGGAGAUGAUUGUGUUGAUAAUGUAAACGAAGCUUAUGUUCAUCAGGCAUUUUUAUCUGAUUGGAGGCCAGGUUCCUCAGGUCUCAUUUCCAGUGAUACAAUUUCAAGAGAAGAUCAAAAUACCAGAGAGCAUCCAAACAAUUGUAGGCCUGGAGAGCCUCAACUCUGGAUCGAUAACAUGAAUGGGCUUCCAUAUGGAUCCAGCUCUCACCAUUAUCCUCUUGCUCAUGCUAAACCCUCUCCUAAUACCAUGGUACCAAACUAUCAAAUUUCUAAUAUGUCAGUGAGUAUCUCCAAGCCUCAAAUACAUUUGCGGCCAUACCGGAGUCGUAAAACUGAUGGUGUGCACUUAGUGAGAUUGGCACCAGAUUUGCCCCCUGUGAAUCUUCCACGGUCUGUUCGUGUAAUUUCUCAGACAGCUUUCGAAAGGAACCAAUGUGGAUCAUCUAUCAAAGUAUCUACCUCGGGAAUUCGGACUGGUGAUGCUGGAAAAAACAAUGUUGCUGCUCAGCUUCCACAUAUUGGAAAUUUGAGAACCCCCAGUUCAGUAGAUUCAAUAAGGGAUAAGACUAAUCAAGCAGCAGACCAUGUCACAGAUUCACAUCCCGAACAAUCUGCCAUUGUUCACAAUGUGUGUACUGCUGAAGAAAGAGGCACUGAUUCUGACCUUCAGAUGCAUCCAUUACUGUUCCAGGCCCCAGAAGGUGGCUGUCUGCCAUAUUUACCUUUGAGCUGCAGCAGUGGCACAUCUAGUUCUUUUAGUUUCUUUUCAGGGAAUCAACCCCAGUUGAAUCUAAGUCUCUUUCAUAAUCCCCUCCAAGCAAACCAUGUUGUUGAUGGGUUUAACAAGUCUUCGAAGAGUAAGGACUCCACUUCAGCAUCAUGCAGUAUCGACUUCCACCCACUUCUGCAAAGAACUGAUGAGGAAAAUAACAACUUGGUGAUGGCAUGCUCGAAUCCAAACCAAUUUGUUUGUUUGAGUGGUGAAUCUGCUCAAUUUCAAAAUCAUUUUGGUGCGGUCCAGAAUAAGUCAUUUGUCAAUCACAUCCCAAUUGCUGUUGACCCUAAACACUCUAGUUCUAAUGAGAAAGCUAAUGACCUGGACUUGGAUAUCCAUCUAAGCUCUAAUUCUGCAAAGGAGGUAUCUGAGAGAAGUAGAGAUGUUGGUGCAAAUAACCAACCAAGGUCAACAACAAGUGAACCGAAGUCUGGAAGGAGAAUGGAAACUUGUAAAAUAAACAGCCCACGUGAUCAGCACAAUGAACAUCCCACGGUUCAUAGCAACCUUGUUUCAGGUGCUGAUGCAUCACCUGUCCAAAGCAAUAAUGUCAGCACAUGCAACAUGGAUGAUGUUGGCGACCAAUCUCAUCCAGAAAUUGUGAUGGAGCAAGAAGAGCUGAGUGACUCAGAUGAAGAAAUUGAAGAAAAUGUAGACUUUGAGUGUGAGGAGAUGGCAGAUUCUGAUGGGGAGGAAGGUGCAGGUUGUGAACCAGUUGCUGAGGUGCAAGAUAAGGAUGCUCAAAGUUUUGCAAUGGAAGAAGUUACAAAUGCUGAAGAUUAUGGUGAUCAACAAUGGAAAUUGAGGAGCCCUGUUCAUUCUCGUGGCAAGCCUUCUAUUCUUAGAAAGGGCAGUCCUUUAUUAAACCUGAGUCUGACAAGCUUAGGGAAGGAGACUGCAAGUAGUUCUUGGUUAAGUUUAGAUUCACGUGCAGCUGUUGACUCUCCAAGAAUGAAGACUCUGCAUGAAAAGGGUGCAAUUAAUGACAGCCCCGCAGCCAAAAAUUUAUCUCCUUGUCGUCCCAACAGAUUGUGCAAGAAGACAACACCGAUCACAAAAGUUGAAACACAGAAGAAUGUUUCUGACAUGGCACAGCAACUUAGUCUGGGUCCUCUAGCUGUUUCAACACUGAGGAAACCCAGGAAGCGAAUGUGCCGAACAAAUACAAAUUUGGGCACUCGAACAGUUGCUGAAAAUGGUGGAACAAAUACAAAAUUUGGCACUGGAACAGCCACCGAAAAUGGCGGGCUCGAUCAAGAUAAGUUCGGUUGAUUGCUGCGUUUUCAGUUAUUCUAUCAGUUAGUUGAUGAGCCUGGGUUAACUAUUUGUGUUCCUUGUGGAACUUGCUGACCAAAUUGACAAGUGAGAAUCUGGUGUCAAAGCUGGACUACAAGUGCAGAGUACUUUGAUUGGCAUCUACCAUCUUCCUUGCUAACUUACCUCAGGGGUCGGGAUUUUUAGACAUGCUAACAAAGCUAGGAGGGUUUUCUUGUCGACCCUUUCCAUUUAUUAUGUAAAUACUUUCUGAUAUAUAGCAUGAGUAAAUUAAUUUGUGUUAAUAUGGAGGGUCAUGCACAGGCCUUUUUGUUUGUAAAUUACGGCAUCCCAAUUCAGUUGGGGACAACUUUGUGCAAGCGUGAUGCUAAAGGUAAUGAUUUUGUAGCAAAA